AAUGGCAGGUGUUGGGUUGGACACAAAGAUAUACCCUUCAGAUAGAUAUGAUCAGGUCACCUUUUCCCCGGACCAAGGAGGUGCUGCUUCCUCCUCAAUGCCGGACUAUAAGAGAUACCAACAAGAGAGAUUCUAUGAUGUUCAGACAUCGCUUACACUCGAGGAGGCUCGUUACUCAGAAAUGCGCAAAAAGAUACCGGGAUUGGGUCGGAUUCCCAAGGAUCGCAUUAAUAAACAGGACCAGGAUUUAGAAUUUCAGAAGCGGAAACAAGAACAUAUUACGUUUGUAAAGCAGCAUUUUCGACAAAUAGAAUGCAGUAAAUUUGUGCCAAAACCAAACCAAACCUCAGUCAAGAAAAUAAGGGAUUUAAAGUGCCAUUGUGGAGAGGUUUUGUCAGAGCAUGCUGGACUAUCUCAUACUCAACCAAUGAAUAGUGUGCAGAGAGAUAUCGUGGAGGCUUAUCUUAUCCCAGACAAAUUGCGAAGCAUAAUAAACCGAGAAACACUCUUCAAAGCCCCACCAAAUAAUAUACCUGUAAUUCCGUGGAGCAAAGAGGAAGCUUUUCGGGAGAAUAUUUGUACGACAUUUGGGAAAAUAAGUUUUGUAAACAAUGAUAACCAGUUAGGGGGAUCUAAACCUGCAAAGUAUGUUCGACUGAGUCACAAGGAUUCUGUGGACAAAUGUCUGGAGCUGAUGGAGAAGCAUUGGAAGAUAAUGGAGCCUAAACCCCCCAGUCUGUGUAUCUCUGUGAUAGGAGGGGCAAAAAGCUUCAAACUGGACAACAAAAUGAGAGAAACUUUCAAUACUGGUCUUAUCAAGGCUGCAAAGACGACUAACGCGUGGCUGAUCACGACAGGGUCAAAUGUCGGAGUGAUGAAGGCUGUUGGUAAUGCUGUCAGUGAGGGUCAGUCCUUCCUGUGGGAUAAUGACAGAAUCACCCACACGCUGCGCCUGAUUGGAAUCGGGCCCUGGGGAUAUGUGAACAACAGAAAAGAGCUGGAGAGUGAUGGAAAUGGUCGUUUUCCAGUGCAUUUUAAGACCAGUAAUGUUAUUAUUCAUGGAAAACCUGUCCCCCUAAAUCCUAACCACACCCACUUUGUGUUUGUUGAUGACGGAGUCAGGAACACAUACACCGGGGCCUCAGAGUUCAGGGCUCAGUUUGAACAGAAAGUCUCCAAGCCUACAGAAGCCGGAGGUUUAGGUAUUCCCGUUGUUUUGGUGAUCUUGGAGGGAGGGACAGAUGCCAUCCAUGAUGCAAUGGUGACCCUAGAACACAAAAUUCCUGUCGUUGUCUGCUCUGGAACUGGACGAGCAGCAGACAUAUUAGCAUAUGCCUACUCUCACACUCGCAGCAAUAAAGGAGAACUGAAACCCAAACAUGAAGAGAAGUUGAAGGAGAAAAUAUUUGAUGCUUAUGGAGAGAGAUGGAAGGAGAAGGAUAUUGAGGAAAAUCUAGAGAAACAUUUGAGGAAUGUAAAGAAAUGCAUGGAGCAUAGAGACUUGAUCAACAUUUUUCCGAUGAACAAACAUGAGGAUUUGGACAUUGCCAUUCUCACUGCAUUACUGAACUCUAAAGCCGGAGACACAUCAACUGAGAUUCGGCAGAACCAACUGAAGCUGGCCUUGACCUGGGACCGGGCCGACAUAGCUCAGGAGGAAAUCUUCAGGGAGGAUGUGCUAUGGAAGACUGAGAAUUUGUAUGAUGUUUUAAUGGAGGCCAUACUAGAGGAGAGGGUGGAAUUUGUGGCCCUUAUUUUACAGCAGAAUGUGGUGAUGAAGGAGUUCCUGACCACAGAAAGACUGCAGACACUCUAUGAAAUGUCUCUGGCAAGAACAGACAGCAUUCAUCUCCGAAAACUGAUGGAUCGUACGAUACACACAAGAACAUUUACUUACGACAACCUCGCCCGACUUAUGGAAUCUCUGAUGGACAAAUAUGACCACAACAUUGAGGAGGACAAUGUGGGCGAUACUAAUGGAGUGAAGUUUACACCGGUCAAGACGGGGGGUCAGAGACAGUUUAAAUGGCCGUAUAAACAGCUGAUGAUUUGGUCUAUACUCAUGUUAAGACAAAAAUUGGCCAAGUUUGCGUGGCAGAUGGGGAGUGAACCUGUAACAAGUGCUGUGGCAGCCUCCAGGAUUUACGGAAGUAUGGCGGAGCACAUCCAUCGUAAUGAGUCUGCUCUAAAGGAAAGAAUCCUAGAGUACAAAGAUGAAUUUGAACACCUAGCUAAGAGUGUCCUUGAUGAAUGCCACCUUAAACACCAAGAAAAAGCCAUGAUGUUGGCUGAGAGGAAAUCGCCAACUUGGAGUUCAAUGACAAGUCUACAGAUCGCUGCUUCAGCAGUGAACAGGGUUUAUCUUUCCUCUGUGGCAUGUCGAAAUUCAAUCGACGCCACAUGGCGACGUGGAAUUUUUUCUCGAUGGAAGGUGCUAGUGACCGUGUUCUUCCCGUUCCUGUUAUUCUCGCCAUUUUUGGAGGUGAAUGCAAUGGGGGAGAAGACAGCAAGAACAUUCCAGAAAAUCCUGACGUUUUACACAGCUCCCAUCACCAAGUUUACCCAUCACUCAUUCCUGUACACAUUUUUCGUGGCUUUGUUUACCUAUUAUUUGUUGGUGGACUAUCAGUUUUACAAAAUCACCGAAAUAGAAAUCAUGUGCAUGGUGUGGAUUUUCACAUUUAUUGUGGAUGAACUUUACACACUUCUGACUUUCCCGUCACCAACGUUUCAUGGCAAGAUACGUGACUGGUACGGAAUCCUUAAGACAGUGGACAUGUUAAAUUUACUCCUGGCACUUGUGGCGUUUAUCAUCAGAAUCAUCGCCAUGGAAACUUAUGCUCAUGAGGCCAAGGUGAUUUUGUCCGUGAACUGUAUCAUUUUCUACCUACGCAUCAUGAAGUUGUACACAGCCAAUAGCAGCCUGGGACCAAAGCUGGUCAUGAUUAAGAUGAUGUUUGAUGAGUUGCGAAUGUUCCUCCUUGUUGUGGUUGUCUUUCUCUUGGCUUAUGGUGUCGCCAGCCAAUCACUGCUAUACAGACAGAGAGAUGCAUCAUGGGAAAUCCUGAAAGAUAUAGUGUUUUUCCCAUACUGGCAGCUCUAUGGGGAACUGGAUUUUGAAAAUGCUGUUGAAAGUGACGCUGACUGUAUUGACAAAGUGAAUGGAAGGACGUUUAAUUCCACGAUGUCACGCGUGGUGGCACUGGCAAAAUGUAAGAAAGAGUACUGGCUUGUUUACAUCCUGUGUGCCGGGUACCUCAUCAUGGGGAAUGUCCUACUCUUUAAUCUUCUUAUCGCCAUCUUCAACCAUAUUUUCACCAAGGUUGAGGAGAAAUCUAACGAGAUUUGGAAGUUCCAGAUGUAUUUCCUUACAAUGGAGUUUGACAACAAGACGGCCUUGGUACCGCCCCUCAGUAUCAUCCCUCAUGUGUACCUAUGUUUUAAGUGGCUGGCUAGGAAAACCUGCUGUAGAAAGAAAUCCAAAGGUGUGCAGUUCACUCAGAGACACCUGGAAUUUCUACAACUCUUUGAGAAAGAGGAAAUGGCCAACUACCUCAGACGAGUUAAAUCAGAGCAUAGAGAUUCAACAGAAUCUAAACUACAAAAACGGGUUGAAGAGCUGUUUAAAUUGGUAGAGGAGGAACUGACUGCUGACCACGGAGGCAGUUCUUUUAAUCAGACGUUAAGUGCCACACAGACAGUCAAAAUGGCCCGAGAGACAACACUAGAGUCUUGUCCCCUGGAGCCUAGUGGUUGGCCUAAGACUGAAGCUGUCCUUGACUAUGCCAAAAAGUUGGAGGAGAAAGAGGAGCAAAAACCCGAAGAAGAAACAAAGGAGGAUGUUGUUGAUGAAGAUCAAGUGAAGAAAGAGAAGAAGAAGAAGAAGAAACAUAAAAAAGAAAAGAAGAAGAAAAAGCAGCAAGAGGAGGAAAAAAUUAUAAACUUGGAUCAGCAAAAUAACGCCAAACCAGAAAGUGAGGCUUGGAAAGAUAUGCCCAGCCCUGCUUCGAAUUUGUCUCCCCGACAGACCAAGUCCCCAAUAAGGGGAGGUCCAGACUCUACUCCCAAGAAUCUGUUUUUACAACGUCGCCAGACAUCACAAAAUAAUUUGUCUGAUGAUUCCUUUGACAGUGAAGAUAAUGCACGUCCCCAAGUUCCGGAUUCGUAUAACAUUCUAAGUACGCCAAGAAGAACAAGGUCGUCCAAUAUACGGGCAAGUGAUUCCGAUUCUGACAUGCCUAGAAGACUGCGGUCAAAGAAAUCCCUCCUUCGGGUAGAAAGCAGUACAGAAGAUGAAAGGCGUUCUAAAAAGAGAAUUUUUAAACGACGACGAAGUCGGCAACUGUCCGAAUCAGAUUAAACAUUUUGUUAAAGUCUCUUAUAACUAGGAUUUCUUUUUUUUUUUCACGUGAUUAAAAAUAGGAAAAUACUAGUGUAUGAAGUAAUCAGGUUUACAAUGUUGCUCAAAUGGAAUGAGUUUAAUGAUUGUGCAUUAGAUGUUGGAAUAAUAUUUUGAUAGUUUUCUUUUUGGAUGAUUUAUUCCAAGCUUUUUUUUUUUCCAGUGAAGUAAAUUGUUUUUGCAAAUAAAACCAUUUUUUUGUGUGGAGACCUAACAGAUUAUUGUUCUUAAGUAUUAAUGAAACAAUGAAAUACCAACAUAUUACAAUGAAUUUUAAAGUUUUAUAAGUAUUAUUAUUCAUGGCAUUAUAGUAUUAAAGCAGGGAAACUUUCACUGUGAUAUUGUAUAAAUUAACAGACAAAAUGCUUGAAGCUAUUGUUCAGUUUUCAUUUGUUUUCACUGUUAAGUUUUGAUUCAAUGCAUUUGAUGGUGUGUAUUUUAAGAGACUUUUUUUCUGAGUAAUUUCAAAA